GAAGCUGCAAGUGCCUCUGGGCGGACCAAGGAAGUCGUUGAUCCAACUUUGAGUCAAUCUGGAGGAUUAAAAAGAUCGAAGUCCCUCCCUUGUCCACUCGCAACGUCCCCGGGCAGGAGAUUUCAACGCUGGCCUGAUAUCCCACGAGUACUGUCACCACCUUUUGAUCCGGAAGAGCCUACAGAACCGCUUAUCUAGCUUCAGUUUGUCCAAGACCCAGACCCAAAUUAUUAAUACAUCCGUGACGUUGCACAAUGGACACACACGCAGACGAGGACCCACCAGCACGUAACCCGAUCUCUGGGGACGCCGGACCCGGUUCCACUAUCGCCGACCUGUUGCCCGUUCCAGUCAUCACGGAGCCUGUUGUCGAUCCCGAAAAGGUGGAAACAUCAAACACUCUUGCUGGGGGUACUUCUCUAUCGCAUGCACUGGCAACGACGGAGCACACCGAGAAAGGCCUCGCUCAGCAAUACCAUGAUGAAGAAGUACUCAAUCUUGGAUGGCAUCAGAAGAAACAGGAGGUUUCUGAGCCUUUGGUUGGCGGUCUGGACAACGAGGGGUUGUGGAUGCUGGUACGGCGCUUCGACAUGCAAAUGUACCACGUCAAAUCCAUCCCCAACCCCGUUCCGGGAGGACUCGACCUCAACAUUGCUGAUGACGAGGAGUUCUCUCCCGACAAGCUGCGUGCAAACAUCGAGAGGCUUUAUAUGACCGUCAUCGUGCACCUUCUGGCUGCUGUCAAGCACGUUGCGCGGCUGAGAUCCUGGCGUGAGAGGAAGCGAACCGUGUCCUUCGCCACCGCCUACUUCACCGCCUGGCUUCUCGACUUGAUUGUGCCACUGCUUUCGUCCACCCUGAUCAUGUUGAUCGUAUAUCCGCGAGCGAGACAAAUCUUGUUCCCUCCCGCACCCUUGGCACUGGUCGAUUCGAAAUCAGGAGGGCUGAAGAAACCCUCAGCAGGCGCGCUGGGAAGCCAUGACAGCGCAACAGGAGCACCGGAAAAACACCGGGGUGAGGCGGUCGAGCAGGAGGCAAGCAACUUCGUGAGCGGUAUAACAUCUGUGGCGCUGAGCAGCGCGGCUGGCAAACAUCCUGGCGACGUGGCCGAGGAUGGAGGCCCUGCGGAUUCGGCCCCAGACCCAUCGGCGAUUGCAUCAGGUGCCGCUGAGGCCAGGACUAUCUCCACUGGUGCAAAGGCAGAAGCUGGCUCCAAGCACGACAAGACCAAACAGCCUAUGGAGGCAGCCAUGUGGAACAAGAUGAAACCGAUCAUGCACGCCCUCGCUGAUGUGGCCGACACAUGGGAGCGAUUUGGCAACGCGCUCAGCCCCACAGCUCCGUUUCCCAAGAACUCGUACCGCAUUCGCCUCGCAGUUGCAGCCUCGCCGAUGCUCUUAAUGUCCUUGCUCAUCAGCUCGUACAUGUUUACUAAGGGAGCCACCUUCGCGCUCGGAUUCGGCUUCUUCGGUGACCCCGUCAUCCAGCGUGGCCUCAGUCUCCUCGACCGUCGGUUCCCCAACUGGCAGAAGCUGCUCGAGCUUCGCAACACAGUACUCAAGGGCGUGCCAACAAAUGCACAGCUCACCAUAACUUUGCUCCGUAUCGGCGAAGCAAACAAGGCUCCUCUUCCACCGCCGCCGAAGAUCACUGAGGCAACUCCCGACGAACAUGUUGCGAUAACGGCCGACGACUUGCAAGCUAUCGGCGGUGAAGCGCUUCUUGGGGCGAGUCAAUCCGAGAUUGACGAUGCGGUGCGAAAGGAUCCGGCCACGAUUCAAGACACAGACGGAAAAGAUAUCAAUGAUUCGAAAUCAAGCAACCACGGCAAGAAAGGCAGCAGGAUUCUCGGAUUCUUCAAGGGCACAACCAAAGGCGCGGUAAAGACAGCCAUCGGCACAGAUACGGUCAAGGCCAAGGCAGGCUCUGCCAAAGCAAAGGAUCGCCUGGGCGUGAUACCUCGUCACCAGCACUUGGAUGGUCCGGUUGAGUUCCAGGCUCGUCACAAGGGUCACAAGGGGCGGGUUUACAUCACAACGAAAGCGACGAUACCCUCGGUGGCCUUCAGCACGGAUGUGAGGUCUGAUCUCGACGAGAUCGAUACAGAACACGUGCAUCCUGCAUGGACCGUGGCAGUGGCAGAUAUAGUGGAGCUGAAAAAGAUUGGGGGAUACGGGUGGAAGGCGAAGCUGGUGGUUGGGUGGUCAACGGGCAAGGAGGUUGCUGAUGGCCUAGAAAUCGCCACCAGCAAGGGAGAAGUAUUCAAGGUCACGGCGUGUCCCCUGAGGAACGAACUUUUCAACCGCCUCGUUGCCAUGGGUGGGCAGAAAUGGGAGGCUUGGUGAAUUGUCCCAGAGAUCGACCAGGGGAGACAGUCAUUCGUCACGGUCUGCGAUGUUUAGACACUUAUCCUUCACGUGAACAUUUCACUGGCUAGUUUCAGGCACGGCAGCAGUUUUAGAAAGGUUGGCCGAGGCUGGAUUACAUAUGCUAUGCCACCUCUUUGGCAUCAUUCGCCCGACUCUAGCAAACGAGCGAAUAGUAACAUCCA